AUGGACUCGAUUGCCAUCGUGGGGUACUCAUUCAAGCUCCCCGGGGGGUGCGAGGAUGACACGAGCUUCUGGGACAUGCUGGAGCAUGGCAGAAAUGUCAUGACGCCGUGGCCGAAGUCGCGAAGCAAUCUCGACGCGUUCUACGACCCGGCGUCUAGGAAAAAGAACACUUUGCAAUCCAGGGGAGCCCACUUCGUCAAAGAGGACUCUGCUGCUUUUGAUGCCAGUUUCUUCUCCAUAUCUUCGAAAGAGGCCGCCUCUAUGGACCCGCAGCAGCGGUGGUUGUUGGAAGAGUCGUAUCGGGCCUUUGAGAACGCUGGAAUGCCGGUGGAAAAGAUAGCGGGCAGCGAGACCGCAGUGUUUGUAGCAUCCAUGGCUGACGACUACAUGAGAAUGUUGACCAAGGAUCCUGACGAAGCACCGACCAACACUGCCACUGGCACAGCACCAUCAAUCUUGGCAAACAGACUGAGCUGGUAUUUUGAUUUGAAGGGCCCAAGUCUGCAACUGAAUACGGCCUGCUCGUCCAGCAUGAUUGCCGUGGAUCUCGCGUGCCAGUCACUGCACAAUGGGCAGAGCUCGAUGGCUCUGGUUGCGGGGGCAAAUGUUCUGUUGAAUCCCGAGAGCUCCCUUUAUCUGUCCAACAUGAACUUCUUAUCCCCUGAUGGCCUUUGUUAUAGCUUCGAUCAGCGAGCGAACGGCUAUUCGAGGGGCGAGGGCGUCGUGGUCCUUCUCCUGAAGAAGCUCCCCGACGCUAUCAGAGAUGGCGACAUGAUUCGUGCGGUUAUCCGCGCCACUGGCUCGAACCAAGACGGCCAUACCCCUGGACUGACACAGCCGAGUGCCUCCGCUCAGGAGGAGCUCAUUCGAAAAGUGUACGAAAAUGAGAACUUGGAUUUCGAGUCGACGCGUUACGUUGAGGCCCACGGCACGGGGACCCAAAUCGGAGACUCAACGGAGAUGAAGGCACUCGGUCGUGUCUUCCGCAGUGCUCGCUCGGAGAGUGAGCCGCUCUAUGUUGGCUCCGUAAAAGCCAACAUCGGCCAUCUCGAAGGAGGAAGCGGCCUAGCUGGUAUUAUGAAGGGCAUAGUGGUCCUUGAGAAAGGGCUCAUUCCGCCCAAUGCCCUAUUCGAAAAGCUGAAUCCACAGAUCAACUCCAAGCUCUAUCGCGUCAAGGUUCCUACAGCAUGUAUUCCGUGGCCUGGCAAUCGAUUGCGCCGCAUGUCUUUGAAUUCCUUCGGCUUUGGCGGGUCUAAUGGACACGUCGUCAUGGAUGAUGCGUACCACACUCUCGAAGCUCUGGCGCUCCGAGGCAACCAUCACACCUUGGUUCUGUCACCCGAAGCGUCCGCGGCCAGUGACAACGCCACGAAGAGACACCUUGUCAACAGAUUCUGCCAUAAUGGCACCGGGAUCAGGUACACGAAUGGAACAGGCUGCGUCAGUCAUGUUGCCGAUAACCAUGAUGAUAAAUCCGACUCACUGGCUUUACGUCACGACGCCAGCUUUGUGAAUGGAAGCAUUCACGGAAAACCCAACGGAACCGUCACUAAUAAUGCACACGGAGCCGUCAAUGGCCAUGACGAAGAAGCCGACCGCUCAGAGCCUGCUAAAUUCAAGCUCCUGGUGUGGUCCGCAAAAGACAAAUCCGCGGUGCAGCGUCUUCUCCAACAAUACGCAACGUACGCCGAAUCUCAACUCACCGGCCCCCAAGAGACGCUGGAGAAGCUUUCCUUCACUCUUGCCGCUCGACGGAUGCGUUCAUCUCGGCAAACGGCGCUCUCGUUCGUGUUCACUGGUCAGGGUGCCCAGUAUGCGGGAAUGGGAGUCUUCACUCAACUUGGCGCCGACUGGUCGUUGUUCGCGGAGAUACAGAGCAAGCAGAACAUCAAUAAGCCUCAGUUCAGCCAGCCAAUCUGUACGGCUCUCCAGAUAGCACUGAUAGCGCUGCUUGAGAGCUUCCACAUUGUGCCAUCCGCCGUCGUUGGACAUUCGUCUGGAGAGAUCGCUGCGGCAUACUGUGUCGGAGGCCUCUCGCUCGAGUCGGCAUGCAAAGUGGCAUACCGCCGCGGCCGGCUGACUGGUGAUUUGGUCAAAUCAACCGAAGUCCCCGGAGCAAUGAUGUCUGUGAACAUCCGAGAAGGGGACGUUGAGGCGUACCUGAGCCGGUUUCCUCUCAAUGCAGCCGUACACGUUGCCUGUGUUAACAGCCCGUUCAAUGUCACUCUUUCGGGAGACGAAUCCGACAUUGACACUCUGAAGAAGCACUUGGAUGACGACGGUGCGUUUGCUCAGAAGCUCACCACAGGAGUGGCGUAUCAUUCUCCUGCCAUGCGGCGGAUAUCUGGGGAAUAUCUCUCCUGCCUGGGUCAGCUGGAAGAAGGAGACGGUGAGCGCAACAGCAUCCUCUUGGUAUCCUCCGUCACGGGGCAAAGAGAGGCCCCGAAGGCAAUGGCGAGUGGACAAUAUUGGGUCGACAAUAUGGUAUCGCCCGUCAGAUUUGCGGAUGCUAUCCAAUACUUAGCUGCUGUGGCACCCAAGGCAGACGGCCUCAAAACGGUGUCUGACUUUAUCGAAGUCGGUCCACACGGAGCUCUGAGACGGCCGGUGAACGAUACGCUGGUCCAUAUAGGCAACAAUAAAGCCUCGAGAUAUGCGGCUCUUUUGUCAAAACUCGUCUCACCGGUCAAGUCUAUCAUGACGAUCGCCGGCCAGCUUUUCUCGCAAGGCUUUCCCGUAUCCGUCGUCGCUGUCAACAAACAGGAGUGUGGUCAACACGGGGCUCCAUUCGCAGUCGAUGCUCCCCCGUAUCCGUUCGAUCAUUCUCAGCUCUACUGGGCAGCAGACUGGAAUCCUCUCGAGCCAAGGUGGCGCAAGAUCUUGAGCGCGGAAGAAAUUCCGUGGCUGGCGGACCAUGUCGUUGGGCAAACGAUAUUCUUCCCUGCGGCGGGUAGCUUGGUCAUGGCCCUAGAAGCCGUUAACCAAGCGGACGAUGGGCCAAAAACAAUCUCUGCGUACUGCAUCAAAGAUGCGGUCUUCAAGACUCCUAUAGUUAUCCCUGUCGAGGGUAAGACCGAGGUGGUGACGCAGCUGCGCCGACUCCAGCAGUCACACGCAAAGUCUUCUCCUCGCUGCGAGGUUCGCUUGUUCACCAACAGCGACGAUUGUUGGAGCGAAUGCUUCAGCGCCAUUGUCCACGUUGAGUAUGAAGAGACUCCCACAGAAGUCGACGGAGGACGUGAGGCGCGUCUUGCCGCCGAAGAUCUCUCGCACUUUUAUGCCUGGCAUGAAGAACAGGGUCUCAAGUACGGCGAGGCUUUUGCAUUGGCAGACGAAAUCCACUGGGAUGGCGGAGAGCUCGGGGUCGCCUCGGUCCAUGUUGGCCCUCCCACGCUGCCAUUCGAGGGUAUCGUUCAUCCCGCGGUGCUUGAUGCUUCUUGCCAAGUCUGCUUUGUGGCACCGUCGGGGGGGAUGUCAAAGACUCUCCCGACCAUCAUCCCCCAUAGGAUCUCCCAAGCUUGGGUCUCGGCCAAGGGGUGGCAGUAUCCGGAAACUAGCCACAUCCGAACAAUGACAAAGUCGCGGCUCAAGUCCAAUUCAUCCGGCAUCGACUCAUCCUUUAUCGUCGUGGCUGACAGCGGGUCGCCGCUCUGCCACAUGGAGCACCUGGACAUGCUGCCUGUUCAGGGUAGACCUGAGACGGCUGUCAGUGGCGGGAGGAGGUUGCUUCACGGCAUCGACUGGAAACCUCACUUGUCGCUGCUAAGUCGUGACCAGCUACAGGAGCAUUGCGACGUUGAUGCGUUGCCCGACGAUGAGACGGCCGCAGCCAACUACUGCAUUAGGCUCAAGAAGGCCUUAAUCGCCGUCGUACAGCAUGAGAUGACGAAGUUGCAAGAAACUGAUUGGACAAGAGCACCGAGCCAUAUGAGAAAAUUCGUCUCCUGGAUGGAAAGAGAGCUCGAAAGAAACCCGAUUGCAGAUGAAGACGAAAUGAGCAGGGAAGCUUUGACGAACGAGCUCAACCAUCUCCGCGAGAUGCGACCAUCUGCGAGAAUGUUUAUCGAGAUUGCAGAGAACCUAGUGUCCAUCGUCCGAGGCGAAAUUGACGUUGUAGCAUUCCUUUUCUCAACCCCCUUGGCUCAGGAUCUUUACGACACGCUAUUCGAGCGCAUGAACAACCAUAAACUUGAGUCAUAUGUGCAGUUGUCGGCACAUCAAAACCCCAGUCAAAGAAUUCUCGAGGUCGGAUCUGGCACAGGCGGCAUGACCAGCGUUCUUCUGUCGUAUCUCUGGCGGAUUGAGGAUCGCACAGGCGGAAUUGCGUUCUCCGAGUAUGUCUACACGGACAUCUCGACCGGCUUCUUUGAGAAAGCCCGAGAGCGAUUUGCGGAACAUCAGGAUCGCAUGACUUUCAAGCCUCUCGAUCUCGAAAAAGACAUCAUUGCUCAAGGCUACGAGGCAGGAAGCUACGAUGUGAUUUUCGCGGGGAGUGUGCUCCAUGCUACCAAGAACCUGAACGCCACCCUCCAGAACCUCCGCUGCGUCUUGAGGCCCGGCGGCCGCUUGGUUUUCCACGAGACAACGGCACCGGACUGUUUUGUCAUCUGCUUCGGCUUCGGGCCCUUGACGGGCUGGUGGUACAGCGAGGAAGACUUCCGCACUUGGGCCCCAACCAUCACCUUGCCCGAGUGGGACAGGGUGUUGAGGGAGAACGGCUUUUCUGGAAACGACAUGGUUAUCAGAGACUAUGAGAACGACGACGCGCACUGGGCCAGCAUAAUUGUCUCUACGCUUGAGUACACGCCAGAGCUUGGCGCUGAGGCGCCCAAGACACUUCUUGUUGUCGAUGACAAGGACGAGUAUCAGUUAGCUGUGGCGGCGUCUCUGUCGGCGGCUUUGGCCGACAAACUAGUUCACCAACCCGAGACCCUGUCCCUCGAGAACUUGGAGAAAAGGCACUUGUCCUCGGUCGACUUCGUUUUGUUCCUGGCUGAGAUGGGCCAGUCAUGCUUGGUCGACAUCUCCGAAACCAACUUCGCGGCCAUGCAGACUUGCGUCAACGUCUCCAAGAACCUGCUGUGGGUGACAUCGCCGAAAAGGGGCAGCUUCGAUAGCACAACCGCGCCUCCCUACGGCGGACUCAAGGAUGGCUUUCUCCGCACACUUCGCUCAGAGCAUCUCGAGAAGCGUAUCGUUUCCUUGUCGUUUGAAGGAGGGUCGUUGGCCGCGUCAACCGCCGCCGACCAAAUCGUCAAGAUCCUCAAGUCGGCAUUCGGGGCCGCAUCGCCAGAGGAUGAAUACGUCAUUCUGGACGGGAAAGUCUUGACCGGCAGGCUCGUCCAGGAGACGGACAUGAACCGGGACAUGAGCUCGUCGCUCGUUCCCCAGGCGCGACUGGAGCCUUGGCUGCCCGGGCCUCCCCUCAAGGUUGAGACGGAAAGCCGCGGGUCGCUUGAAACGCUGCAGUAUGUGGAAGAUGUCGUCUACUACGAGCCGUUGGGCCCGGAAGAAGUCGAGAUCGAAGCCAAGGCCUGGGGAGUCAACUUCCGCGACGUGUUUCUGGCCCUAGGACGCCUGGACGAGGAGGGCUUCGGGUCAGACUGCGCCGGCAUCGUGACCAAGGUUGGGUCUCAAUGCACCUCUGUCAAAGCCGGAGACCGUGUCGUCAUGGGCGCGGUCGGCUGCAUGCGCAUGUUCCCUCGCGGGGAGGAAAGCGCAGUUUGCAAAAUCCCAGAGUCUGUCUCGUUCGAGGAGGCCUGUGGCAUCCUGAAUUCCGGCAUCACUGCGUGGCACUCCCUCGUCGAAGUCGCCCGCCUGCAAAAGGGCGAGAGGAUACUCAUCCACGCGGCAUCGGGAGCCACUGGGCAGCUCGCGAUUCAGAUCGCCCAGAUGAUCGGGGCGGAAGUGUUUGCCACCGUAGGAUUCAACCACAAAAGGCAGCUUCUCAUGGACCAAUACGGAAUUCCAGAGGACCACAUCCUAUACAGCCGCGAUACUAGCUUUGCCAAGGGCGUAAUGAGAGUCACUAGGGGCUAUGGCGUGGACGUGGUGCUGAAUUCCCUGGUAGGGGAGGGCUUGUUCGCGUCGCUGAAGUGUGUCGCUCCUCACGGACGAUUUAUCGAGAUCGGAAAGGCCGACAUCAAUGCGAACUCCUCCUUGCCCAUGGCGUUCUUCGCCAACAACGUCACCUUCUCGGCUGUCGAUCUACGCUACGUGGCCCUGCACAACAAGGACAUGGGACGACGGCUGUUGCUUAAGACAAUGGAGUUGGCCGAAGAAGGCCAAAUUUACUGUCCCAAACCGCUGCACAUCUACGGGCUGGAUACACUGCAGGAAGGGUUCCGCUAUCUUCAGAGCGGCAAGAAUACUGGCCGAAUCGUCAUCAGGAUCGACCCCUGCACCACGGUUGAGAAACGUCUCAUCAACCGCAGAGCCUGGACUUUCGAUGAGCAUGCCACCUAUCUCAUAGCUGGCGGCCUUGGCGGUCUCGGGCGCUCGAUGAUGAAAUGGAUGGCUCAGAAGGGUGCGAAGCACCUCGUUGUCCCCACGCGGUCUGGGAUUGCUUCCCAAGAAGCUGCCGAUGUGGUCGAUGAGCUCGGCAAACAGGGCGUCAGGGUGUUGACACCGACUUGUGACGUCUCUUCAGCGCAGUGUCUUGCCGAAGCGCUUGAGAAUUGCAACGCCACGAUGCCGCCGAUUCGCGGGUGUAUCAACGCUGCCAUGGUCCUCCAGGACUCGGUGUUCGAAAACAUGACGCACGCACAGUGGCGACAGACCAUCCGGUCCAAAGUCGACUCCUCUCUACAUCUUCACGACCUCCUUGGCGACGGCCUGGACUUCUUUAUUCUCCUGUCUUCGGCCGCUGGCAUCGUUGGUAAUGUCAGCCAGUCCAACUAUGCGGCUGGCUGCACAUUCCAAGACGCAUUAGCUCGACACCGCGUCGCCCGGGGUCAGCACGCCGUAUCUAUUGAUUUAGGUUUGAUGCGUACGAUUGGCAUCGUUGCUGAAAGUGAGAAGUUGCGCAAGAACUUUGAGGGAUCGCGGAGCCUUGCCAAAAUCGAGGAGGAUGAGUUCCUGACCGUGCUGGACAUUUGCUGUAGUCCUACGGGCCGUCCCGUGGGCGAGGCUCUGAGAAGCCAAGUCACCGUAGGCCUCGUCACCCCUGCGGAUCUCCUUCAAAUCGAGAUGGAACCAGACGAGACGUUGCAGCGGCCCCUUUUCGCAUACUUCAGCCGCCUACGCGGCGUCUCCUCUGGUUCCAGCUCAACCAACGCCAUCGACUUCGCAGCCUUGUUUCAUCAGGCCGAAUCAGCCGAGGAACGGGCCACUAUCGUCACGGAUGCACUGGCGACGAAACUGGCGCGGUCGCUCUCGAUGCAGCCGCAGGACAUCGAUGUAGACCAGCCCAACCAUAACUACGGCGUAGACUCGCUGGUAGCGGUGGAACUACGCAACUGGAUUGCCAAGAACUUUGCGGCAAAUAUGUCUGUCUUUGAGAUUACGGGUGGAAAAUCAGUGGCAGCGCUCGCAGAGUUGGUGACAAGGAAGAGUCAGAUUCCAUCUAAGAAGAGAAGUAACGAGGAAUGA